AGAGGGAGGCCCCUUGCGCGGCUCCACACUGUUUGGUUUCAGUCAGCGUGCUGCAGCAGUGUGUGUCCGCCACCAGAUAGACAGACAGGGGAUGCCGAGAAGUUGAUAACGACCACUGAAGGAAAGGCAGCAGCAAAGUUUACACAAGAUCUAGUUUUCAAUUCUGCUCCAAGAAAUAAAAAAGAAGCCAAAAAAACAAAAAAAAAACAAGAUAAAGACAGGAGUUUACCACAAGACUAUCCGUGCGUAACGGAGCGGACGUCUACAACCACUGGCAGAGGAUCAAGUUGUUGAAUUCCUGACAUGGAAUUAACUUCCACUUUGGACUUUAUCUUCAUAGAGGAAUACUGAGAGGAAUCUGGAUAUCUGGAAACUAAAUCUGUCUUCUCGGAAACACAGGAGAGAAACGGAUGAAUGUUUAAAGUAAAAGAGCCAAAAUGAAGACAGCUGCCAAGGGUUUUGGGAAGUCUAUAAUGGACCCUUUGCAUCGUGAUGGUUGGUGGAGCAGAGGGAUCAUGCUGAUGGUGUACGUGGCCUUGGAGCUUGUCGCUGUCCAUUCGCCGAUGGUCUUGGGAACCCUUGAGCUACAGCUAGAUGAAGAACAACCCGCGGGUACAAUUGUUGGGGACAUCAGUGCGGGACUUCCUCCUGGCAUCACGGCGUCCUUAUACUUUAUCUCAGACCAUGAGGGUACAGGAGUAGGCAGCGAUUUGGACAUAGAUGAGAGUACAGGCAUUAUUAAAACCGCCAAAGUCCUGGACAGGGAAGUUAGGGAUCGCUAUAACUUCAUCGCAGUCACAAUGACAGGCGUGACGGUGGAGGUGACCAUCAAGGUGAAUGAUAUAAAUGACCACGCCCCUACUUUCCAGAGAAGACGGACAACCUUUAAAAUCCCAGAACAGACAGCCAUCGGCACCAGGUUUCCUAUUGAGCCAGCUGUUGAUGCUGAUAAAGGCCAGCUUACGACACAGGGGUACCUUAUCAAGGAUGGAAAUGUUGGUCAGGCUUUCACCUUGGAGACAAGGAGGGGAAGCAAUGAGGUUCUCUAUCUGGACUUGGUAGUCAAUGCCAUUCUAGACAGAGAGAAAAGGUCCACCUAUACUUUAUCUUUGGAGGCCUUCGAUGGUGGUUCUCCUAAAAGGACCGAUCAGAUGACUUUAGAUAUUACAAUACAAGACAUUAACGACAACGCUCCUGUGUUUAACCAGAGCCGCUACCAUGCGAUAAUAUCUGAAAACCUCCAGCCUGGAAGCAACAUUCUACAGGUUUUUGCCACAGAUGCUGAUGAAGGCGAUAAUGGUGUGGUGUUGUACGAGAUCAACAGGAGACAAAGUGACCCGGACCGGUAUUUUGUCGUCGACUCUCGCACUGGUAUCAUCACCCUCAACAAGCCUCUGGACUUUGAAAUGAGAAGAGUUCAUGAGCUGGUGGUCCAGGCACAAGACAACGCAACCCAACCAGAGGUGACCAACGCCUUCGUCACCAUCCAUGUCCGAGACUACAAUGACAAUCAGCCCACCAUGACCAUCAUCUUCCUUAGCGAGGACGGAUCUCCCAGAAUAUCAGAGGGGGCGCAGCCAGGCCAGUAUGUUGCAAGAAUCUCCGUCACUGACCCAGACUAUGGAGAGUACGCCAAUGUUAAUGUGUCACUCGAGGGAGGAGAUGGGAAGUUUGCCUUGACAACUAAAGACAGUAUCAUCUAUCUAAUCUGUGUGGACCAGAUUCUGGACAGGGAGGAGAGAGACACCUAUGAGCUUAGGGUGAUGGCGACAGAUUCAGGUACACCGCCUCUCAGAGCCGAGUCUUCCUUCGUCAUCCAAGUUACAGACGUCAAUGAUAAUCCUCCUCUGUUCGAUCAGCCAGUUUAUAGACAAGUCAUUCCUGAAGUUGUGUUUCCGGGGAGCUUUGUGUUACAGGUGACAGCUCGAGACAAAGACCAGGGCCCCAAUGGAGACAUUAACUACAGCAUCCUGCAAGACAAAGGUGCUUACUCCAGCUGGUUCAGUAUAGACUCAGUAACGGGGAUUAUCACCACUCUUUCUCAGCUGGAUUAUGAAAAGAACCCCUAUCCUAGUAUAACUGUUGUGGCCGCAGAUAGAGGAAAACCACCGCUAUCGUCAACGGCGGUGGUGAAUAUUGUACUUCAGGAUAUAAAUGACAAUGAACCUGUUUUUGAGAAGAACUUCUACAAUGUAUCCAUCAAGGAGAAUACUGCUCCAGGAACAUGCAUCUUGGAGGUAACUGCAACAGAUGCAGAUGGAGGAUCCUUUGGCACCAUUACCUACACCCUUGGCUCCGGCAUUAGUAGUGCAGCUCCCUCUCAGUUCACCAUCAGCAAAGAGACCGGCCAGAUCUGCACAAGUGCUACAGUAGAUAGAGACCAAGGCCCGGCCAGCUACGACUUCACUGUUACAGCAGUGGACGGGGGUGGACUCAGCUCAGUAGCCUAUGUGAGGGUGGAUCUGGUUGACAUUAAUGACAACAGACCUGCCUUCUAUCCAGUGAACUACGCUGUCAGUUUGAGUACGCAGAGCGCCCCGGGCACAUCUGUAGUGAGAGUCACAGCGUAUGACGCCGACUCGGGCGACAAUGGCAAAAUUACAUACAAAACAAUACCUGGGGGGGCCUCUCCUUAUUUCACUCUCAACAAAGACACAGGUGUAAUCUCGCUGUCUCGGUCUGUCUACGGGAAGGCUAAUUCUGUCAUUCCCAUGGUGAUCUCAGCCCAGGAUGGGGGUGGACUCGUUGCCCUGGUCAAUGCCAAGGUCAACAUCAGCGUGGUUGCCGGCCUGGUGGCACCGCCUGUAUUCGAACAAACUCAGUACUACUUCACUGUGUUAGAGGAUGUCCUCAGGGGGACAACGGUAGGCACUGUCCAAGCCAACACUAAGACAGGCACCUCUAGAGACAUCUCCUACACCAUCAGCUCCGGGGACCCUUCAGGGUACUUUACAGUGGAUCCCGACACCGGAGCCCUGAGGACAAGCCGUUCCUUGGAUCACGAAGCCCAGUCGGCCCUUGAUUUGGAGGUUCAGGCCCGUAGCGGCAACCCUCCCGCUUUCGGCCAGACACGUGUUCACAUCACGAUUGCAGACGUCAACGAUAACCCGCCUGUUUUUCUGCCGUCAUCCUCAGAGUCUCUGCUUCUGCCAGAGCACACAGAAAUAGGUACAGUGGUGUAUCGUGUCCAGGCUGAGGACAGCGACUCUGGAGCUAAUGGACAGUUAACUUUUGACCUGUCUUCCCCGAGUGGAAUUCAGAGGGCCUUCAGUAUAGAACGCACUACCGGAGACAUUCGACUGGUGGGGACCCUGAACUUUGAGAGUACACCUCGAUAUGAUCUCCAAGUAAUUGCCAAGGAUAAUGGAGUACCCCAGCUUAGUGCCACCUUGACACUCCUGGUUCAUGUUCAAGCCGAGAAUGAUCACGGACCAGUUUUUGAUACCCUUACGUACCGUGUGGAACUCAAAGAAGGGACUCAGAUAAAUACGCGCUUUCUGCAAGUCAGGGCUCUCAACAGAGAAUCACCUGGCUCAGCUCACUUCAGUCCACUGGCGUAUCACCUCCGUCCAGACGGUGAUGCCGCUGGGUUUGGUAUCGCUGCAGACAGUGGCUGGCUGUUUGUGAAGAGCGCUGUAGAUAGGGAAGUCAAGGACAUGUAUCUUCUAACGGUGCUGGCUAGUGCAGGUCAUGGACAGAUGAAGAAGACGGGUAGCGCCACAGUGCGAAUUUCUGUGACUGAUGAGAAUGACAACGCUCCGAAGCUUACACAGGAGCGGGUCUUCAUGGCUGUGAGAGAAAACCUACCUGCAGGAACAGGCUUUGGUCAUGUGACCGCCACGGAUCGAGACAGCGGUCCCAACGGACGUCUUAGCUAUCGACUCCUACACCCAGAUCGGCACUUCCAGAUAAACUCCCAAACAGGUGAGAUAAGCACAAGGACGACUCUGGAUAGAGAGCAGCAGUCUAGUUUCCAGCUCCUGGUGUUGGUACAAGAUGGAGGUUCACCAUCCCGUAGCGCCACUGGCACAGCUUUCAUUACCGUCCUGGAUGACAAUGACAAUGACCCCACAUUCACCCACAGCUCACUGGGAAAAAACCUCAUCAUACAGGUAAUGGAGGGUCAGUCAUCUGGAGCUCUCUUGAGCACACUCCACGCCAAAGACCCUGAUGAAGGAGAAAAUGGCACUGUAUUCUAUUCUCUGUCAGGUCCCAGAGCUGAGCGUUUCUCUCUCAACCCAAACACUGGCGAGCUGCGUUCAUCAUCCCCUCUCAGCCACUCGGAGAGGGCCGAGUACACUCUGACUGUGACAGCCACUGACAGAGGACUGCCCCCUCGUAGCACCUCAUGCUCCCUCACCAUUCAGGUUCUGAGUAUUAACAGACCAACAACAAAGACAAACUCACACUCUUUAUCUUUUAACUCUGUGGAAGAAGCAAAGCCCGGUUCAAUUAUUGGCUCAGUUCGUCUUCAUAACAAAGAACCGCCAGAGCAGGGGGAGGUGACGUACACCGUGGUCGGGGGUACCGACCGAUACGGGACCUUCGUGGUGGACCGCCUGACCGGAGAUGUGUACCUAGCUCGUCCUCUCGACUACGAACGGGAUGCACGCUACACACUGCAGAUCGAGGUGGAUGAUUUCUCCCAGACGCCCCCUAGCAGCACGCUGGUCCACCUGGAUAUAGACGUAGAGGACAGCAAUGACCAUGCCCCUGAGUUCCCAGAAGACCCCAUCACUAUUGUCAUCUCUGAGAGCAUGGAACCUGGAUCUUCUAUCUAUGCGUUCCAGGCGAUUGACAAGGACGGCAGCGGGCCCAACAGCGAGCUGAGUUACUCCAUUCUCAACCAGUGGCCGAGCACCCCGGACCUCCUAAGCCUUGACCCGUCCACUGGCGUCCUCUCUUUGGACCAGGAGUUGGACCAUGAAGUCACCUCUAAUCUGAUCUUGGUUGUCAAAGCAACAGACUCUGCUCUUGAUCCGGCCCAGAGGCGCUGGGGUUCGGUCACAGUGCGGAUCUAUGUAACCGACGAGAACGACAAUCCGCCGGUGUUCAGCUCUCCAACAGCUGUCAGCGUGAUGGAGGACCAGCCCGUGGGUUUUGUGGCAUUGUACGUCAUGGCCAGAGAUGCAGACCAAGGGGAAAACGGCCGUGUGACCUACAGCAUCCAAUCAGGAAACACAGCGGGAACUUUCAGCCUCAACCCUAACACUGGCUCUCUGUCUAUUUUCAAACCUCUGGACCGUGAGGAGCAGGACAUCUUUAACCUCACAAUAAUCGCUGAGGAUCAUGGGAUACCCCAGCACUCCUCCAGCCAGAUGCUGUGUGUUCAUGUGAUUGAUGUUAACGAUGAGGUGCCCUGGUUUGAGGAUAACCAAUACGAAGCCCAGAUUCUGGAAAACCUGCCUCCGGGAUCCAGUGUAUUAACAGUGUCUGCUUCAGAUCUGGACCAAGGAACCAAUGGGCAGGUGACAUACGGUGGUGUUUCAGAAGAAUAUUUCAGCAUCAACCCAGCAACAGGUGUCAUAACCACCACUAAAUCACUGGACAGAGAACUCCAGGAGCAUUACACUGUUACAGUUUAUGCAAAAGAUGGAGGCCUCCCCCCUAACUAUGCUAAAGCCACAGUAAGGAUUAGAAUACUUGAUGAGAAUGACAACGCCCCCGUUUUUGGACGUCUUUACUACACUAUAGACGUCCCUGAAAACCUAGAGGCAAUGCCUCUUCUCACCCUCAGAGCCACUGACCAGGAUGUGGGAGAGAGUGGAGCUAUUACAUAUAAAAUUACAGCUGGAGACCCAUCACGAGACUUCCGUGUAGACAAACAGACAGGCGUGUUGUCCACAUCAAGGCCUCUGGACCGAGAGAAGAGGGCUGGAUAUACAAUAACGGUCACAGCAGAGGACCAGGGCCAGCCUCCCCUCAGCACCACCACCACAGUGGAGGUUAUUGUACUGGACAUCAACGACCACAGCCCACAGUUUGAGAGCAGCACUUACACUGCAGACAUCUCAGAAGAUGUUCCCAUUGGCUCAUUGGUUGUGGAAGUGAAAGCCAUUGAUUUGGACCAAGGCCCCAACAGUCAGGUGGUCUACUUUUUAGGCCAUGGCACCCAGAGCAUGUUUAUCAUAGAUCAGAACACAGGCCGCAUUAUCACAGCAGCACCCCUCGACAGAGAGAGAACUGCCUCGUACACCUUUGAGGUGUGUGCCAUUGACUCUUCUCCUGCAAACCCACGGAACUCUACAGCUCAGAUCACCGUCUAUGUUCAGGAUGUGAACGACAACGCACCCUUCUUCAUUCUGGACCCUCUUAUUGUGAACAUCUCUGCCAACAGUGUAUCUAGCCGCCGAGUGCUGGCCACAAUGAGGGCAGAGGACAAAGACUUCGGGGCAAAUGGCUCUGUGUUUUACCGCUUCGCCAACCCUGUGAGGGGUUUCACCAUUAACUCUCUGACAGGAGACAUCCAAGCCACAGAAAAGCUGCAGACUCUGACCCAAAGUCAGAGGACUUUGAUAGUACAGGCCAUGGACCAGGGCAACCCAGCUCAGUCAUCUCUUGGGGUGGUAAUAAUUUAUAUCAGAGAACAGAACUACAGAGGAAUUCGCUUCUCUCGCACUGCCCGAGAUGUCAGUCUGCAGGAGAAUGCUGCCAAAGGUACAGUAGUAACCCAGACUCAGGCCCAGUACCCCGACGGAUCCCAAUCUGGCAUCAGCUACAGUAUUUUCAGUGGAAACAGAAUACAGUCUUUUGGAAUCAACGCCAUCACUGGCGAAAUAUGGGUUCAAAAAUCUGAAGGACUUGACUUUGAGGAGACCCCGAAACUCCGCCUUGUGGUGAAAGCUGAGACGGCAUCCUCCAGCUCCUACAUGGCUGUCAACUUAAUCCUGCAGGAUGUCAAUGACAACUUGCCACGCUUCCAGCUCCAAAACUAUGUAGCCUACAUCAGAGAGGCACAAGGCUAUGAUUUUCCCAUUAUCCAGGUUUCAGCAGAUGACCUGGACCAGGGUCAAAACGGUCAGGUGACCUACUCCAUCAGGUCAUCAUCUAUGAGUGGCUUGUUCAAGAUAGACCCACUGACUGGCAGCAUCAGCACUGCAGCCAUAAUGGACAGAGAGAUCUGGACGCAAACAAAACUUGUUGUAACAGCAACAGACCGGGGAACCCCACGACUGGCUGGAUCUGCCACCCUUACUGUGAUUAUCAUUGACCUCAACGACAACAGUCCAAUGAUUCCCCUGCCUCGAGAGAUCCGAGUGCCCGAAGAUACUCUGAUUGGCACCAUUAUCACCCAGGUAACAGGAAAUGAUGUGGAUUCAGGACCCGCCCUGUCCUACACUCUACAUCUGGAUAUGGCCAGCGAGGGCAUGUUUGGGAUUCAUCGCUAUGGUGGAGGGGUGUCUCUGACAGGCCCGUUGGAUUAUGAAAAAAGAACAUGGUACACUUUGACUAUCCAUUCUUCAGAUUCUAGACAUCAAAGUGAAGCUAACCUGACUGUGCUUGUGGAUGAUGUGAAUGACAAUACCCCUACCUUCACCCAGGACCUGUAUCAGGUGACUGUGUCAGAGCAUCUUCCAGCUGGCAGUGUUGUAGUCACGGUAACAGCUACUGACAAUGACUCUGGAGAGAAUGGGAAGAUUACCUACAGAAUAAUGUCAGCAACAAGGGGUGUCUUCCACAUUGACCCAAACAACGGUACCAUAUUCGUCAAACAAAAUAUAGAGUUUGAUUUUGAGAAUCCCUCCAUCCUGGUCUUAAUUGAGGCCCGAGACCAUGGCACGCCAUCUCUUUCUUCCAUCGCUACGGUCCAGGUGCAGGUUUCUGACAUCAACGACAAUGCCCCCAUCUUCCACCAGUCAGAGUACAGAGCCACUGUGUCUGAAGACGGCCUUCCUGGAUCUACUGUUCUAACCUUGGAGGCCAUGGAUGGAGACCUGUCCCGGGACAACUGUGGUUUUGAUUUCGCCAUUGCUAGUGGCAACUCAGGAAAUGCCUUCCAGAUUGAGAGCAGUGUGCGCUUCUUGGAAGGAAGGGGUUUCCAGACAGUCGGCAGUCUAAUCCUUGUGGAGGAGUUGGACUUUGAAGCCGUGCCCCGUUAUAAUCUGACUGUUGUGGUAUCAGAUCGUGGGAUCCCUCAACGGAGCUCCAGCGUACCUAUCCUGAUCAGCAUUACAGACGCCAACGAUAACCCUCCAGCUUUCAGCCGAGCAGAGUAUAGUGUUGUAUUGAAUGAGGGUGCAGCAGCUGGGACCGAGAUCUUGCAUCUAUCUGCCACAGAUCCAGACUCAGCUCCCAAUGGAGAGGUGCAGUAUUCCAUAAGCUCAGGGGAUGAGAAAAGCCUUUUUCAGGUGGAUCGGUGGACUGGAGCCUUGAGACUGCAGAGACCUCUGGACAGCGAGACCCAGUCGUCACAUCUGAUUGUUGUCCAGGCUACUGAUGGUCAAGGGCACUAUGCUUUCGCCCCAGUCAGUGUAGAAGUAAAGGACAUCAACGAUAACCGACCAUUCUUUCCCCUCAAACAAGUUACUGCAAGCAUCAGGGAAAACCAACCCAAGAAUGCCUUAGUCACCAUUCUGCAUGCAAUCGACCGUGAUAGAGGUGUUUUCGGACAGUUAAAAUACUUCAUGUUAGACAACCCUAAAGAAGGAAAGGAUGUUUUCCUUGUUAACCAAACUUCUGGAGAAGUGCGGACACGCUCAGUUUUUGACUUUGAAAAAAUAAACUCCUUCUACUUUGCUGUUGUUGCCAUGGAUGCUGGCAAUUACUCAGCAACUGUCACAGUACAGGUUUAUGUAACAGGGGAGGAUGAAUAUGAUCCUGUAUUCACCUCAUCAGAGUUCUCAUUCGAAGUGCCUGAAGGAGCAAAGAAAGGUCAGAUUAUUGGCAAAGUACAAGCCAAAGACGAGGAUGGAGGUGUGGAUGGUGUUGUCCUCUACUCACUGUUAGAGAGUUCACCUUAUUUUGAAGUUCACAAAUCAACAGGAGAAAUUUCCUUAAAGAUGGACAGCCAUAGCAGACAUGUGAGCCGCUCGAAAAGAGAGGUGCGUCAAAUGACACUAGACGUGACUGCCCACAGUCCACUCGAGACAUCCCGCAUAGCAGUGGCCAAAGUUGUACUUGACGUGACCCAUACAAAUUUUGGUCUCAACACAGACAUGAACAUGCUGCUUGUCAGUGUUAUUGCUGUUUCACUUGGGACCAUAGUCAUACUGAUUAUAAUUGCUGUGGCACUAUUUUUUAUCAAAUUAAGACGGCGGAAGAAAGACCAAAAGAAGCAUGGACGAACUCCAACGUCAGGCACCAUGAUGCAUAGGUUUGAGGAAACAAAAAUAGCAGCAAAUGAAAUCAUUUACCAUCAAGCCCUACCUGGAUAUACCACUGAUCAGAGUGGCAACAAUGCAGGUCCAUAUACCCGCGGAGGAUCUCUAGAUCCUUCACACUCUAGUGGCCGUGGCUCUGCAGAGGCAGAAGCAGCAGAGGAUGAUGAGAUCAGAAUGAUAAACGAAUAUCCUCGAGUAUCCAGCAUCUCCUCCUCCAUGCAGGAGCGAAUCUCAGCUCGAGGUCCGGACUCCGGAAUCCAACAAGAUGCAGACCAGCUAUCAGAUGUGUCUUGUGAGCCUUCAAUAGAUGCCAGUCAGUGGUUCAAGGGGAAGAAAAUGGGCAGCUUAAAUGGCACCCUAUUAUCUGGUCAGGUACCAGUUUACAGGGAUGAAGGAGGUGGCUACGUGGGUGUGGGACGAGGACUCAGCAUCUCACACCCUAAGGACUACACUUUCCCAGAGGAUGGAAAACCUGCUGUCGAUGGCUCCUUGACAGCCAUCGUGGCCAGUGACGAGGAGCUGAGGGGCAGCUACAACUGGGACUAUCUUCUAAACUGGUGUCCCCAGUUUCAACCCUUAGCUAACGUUUUCACAGAAAUAGCACGCUUAAAGGAUGAAACAGCUCCUCCUCAUCCUCGAAGGUCAUUUCACAAGGCAAAGGCUGAGUCAAGAAUUGACCCCCCACCUCUUAUAACCUCUGUGGCCCACCCUGGGGCCAAAACUGUACCUCCAAAGCCUGCAGUUGGGAGGACAUUCCCACAUCUGGCAUCUUUACGGAGGUCUCCCAUCAGUGGAGAGGGGUCUAUAUCCUCAGUUGCCAUGUCUCCAAGUUUCUCCCCUUCUCUGUCUCCGCUGGCAGCACGUUCUCCAGCAAUCACACCCUUCAGUGUUUCUCAAGGCCCCUCAGCCUCCAUAAUCAGCACAACGGAACACAAUCUUGAACACAGUGAGGAGGCAGAGCUAAGAAUUUAAAUUAUAGAGUUGAACUGAACUACAGCCGAGUCAUUUCUGCCCCAUAUUUGUUCUACUGUAUGACCACAGGAGCUGCAACAUCCACUGAGUCAAUGCUGUUCUCAUUUUUUUGGUCCAAAUAGCCAAACAUGUGGUGCUUAAUGAAAGCUGGCAUUCAUCAUUAACAGGCCAAAUGGACUAUGCCUUUUUUUUUUUUUUUUUUUGAGAAACUCCUCUCCUGUUGAUCAGUGUUAAUUUGCACAUUCAAAUGGGGAUUCACUUAUGAUGUCAAUAUUUUGUACAAAAUCAUUGUCUUUAUUUUUAUACUCACAUGUGGCUCCUGAAAAGAAGUGGCAUUAAAUUGUCAAAAGGUUGUUAAAACCUCAGAAUAUAUUUCUAUAUUUGUAUAUUUGUAGCUUGUACUGUAUACUUGUUUGUACUAUAUGUUGGUUUUAUCUCAUGUUAUUCUUAACCUCGGUUUUAAAUGAAGCUCUGCAUUAAUGCUUUAUGAAGUGGGAUUUUUCUAACAGAUUAUUGUAAAUAUUUAUAGUAGGGGAGACAUUCUUGCUCAAACAAAUGAAACAUCAGUCGGAAUAGACUAUUGUAUGAUCAGUUUAUCUAGGGCCCAGUGUUUGAUCUCACAUCAAAAGGUGAUCAUGAAUGUGAAAUACUGAAAACUUGUCUUAGUCCUCAACACACGUUCCUUCAUUUUCUGCAAAAGAAAAUGAAACUUGACAUCCAAUGAUCCUGUCCUUCAGGUACCCUGGCUUUAAUUUAUCACUGCAAGCCUUACUGGUUCUCAUUUUUCAUUGUGGAACAAAAACUCCUGUGUCGGAAACCGCAGCAUAGCUAUGUGGUACAGUAAAUUGUUUGCUCCAUCAGCAACCUAAUCAUUCCAGAGAAUGUAAGCAGUUCUUGGUCAUUUUUCUUUUCAGUAAAGCUAUAAAGUAACAUCUUUACCCACUUUCUGUCGAUAUACAUUUUGUUGUAAAAAAAAGAAAAAGAAAAAAAAACAAAAGAAACUUGUUUGAAAGUGUUAUAAUUGUUGCUUUGAAGCACUAUAAAUAAUAGUGAUUUAAGAAAAAGCCAACAAAUGUUACAUAAAAAUGAUAGACAUGAAAAAUGUGUAUUUAUGAAUGUUCAACCCCACCAGAGAAUGUUUCCUCAGCUAAUGAAAAGAAAUAUACAGGACAUGUUCAGCCAUAAUUUACAUAAUGCUUUGACAGUGAUUCUUGUGCCAUGAAUGCGUUUUUGAUCAUAAUUGUGUUUUGGCAGCCUUUACAAAGUUAAAUAAUUCGUCAGGCAUUAGGUAUUUGCAAAAGUAACUGCUCUGCCAAGACAAGAACUAAGUACAUCCUUCCAUUUAUUUAGAAGGAAUCGUUUUACACCUGUGAUAACAUUAUGUUAAACAAUACUAAUAUUCUUUAGUAUUCUAAUUUAUUAUAAGGUAGAUAUCAGAAGUUGAGGGGUUUUGUUAAAUUAUUUACAGGGAUGUAAUUUUGACCAUGGCCAAAUAUAUAUGAACACUACCUACGUGAUAGACUGAAGGUACCUUAUUGUAUGUAUUAUUUUCUAUUGAACAGUGUUACCUGCCUCUUAUGUUUCAUUGCCAUCUGUGCAUAUAAUGGUGCCAUAGAAAAGAGGACGUUCUCCAUGUGUUCACACGUUUCAUUAGUCCUGUCCAGAGAAAUGUUUUGAGCAAAGUGCCUGAUUAAAGUACUUCUGUGAACACAG